AUGCCUCUCAGCGCUGCCGCCUCCCUCUAUCGCCGGUCCCUCAAGCUUGCCCUGGAUUGGGCUGUUCACCGUCAGGUCUGGCGAGGACAGGCCGUUUACAUUCGCUCGCUGUUCGAGGCGAAUAAAGACGUUCGCGACCCCCGUCAACAGAAGGUGCUGUUACAGGAAACCGAGAAACUGUUGGAAACAUGGAAGCACCCGGAUCCCUACCGCGCGCCGACUGCCCCUGGAGGCAGCAAAUGGGAGAGAAACCUUCCCGCGCCCCAGUUGCCUCGUAAGUUCAUGCGCUCUGCUGUCUAA